AUGGCCGCACCUCAAGCUGCUCAUGUUGUCGAAAAAGUCAUUGGCCACGAUGACAAUGCCAUCACCGCCCAGGACGUGUCCAAUUUCCCGGACGCGGGUGAAAGUGACCGAAUGAAUGCCUUGGUGUGGAUGGGCAAGAAUAAAGUCGAAAUCGCCCAGGUCCCCAAGCCAAAAAUCGUCGAAGACCGAGACGUCAUCCUCAAAGUGACGGGCAGCACAGUAUGCGGCUCCGAUCUUCACCUCCUGCACGGCUCGAUCCUGCAGCUCUUCAAGGGGGACAUUCUCGGCCACGAAUUCUGCGGCGUCGCCGAGCUCGUCGGCCGACAGGUGCACAAUGUGCGAGUUGGCAAGCGAUAUGUGGCUUCGUUCCAGAUUGCAUGUGGCGACUGUUUCUACUGCAAGAAGGGGCAGUCUUCGCAAUGUGAAAAGACGAAUGCCAAUGCCAUGAUCAACGCCAUGUACGGGGGCAGAACCGCGGGCGGGCAGGCAGAGUAUGUGCGCGUGCCGUUUGGAGACGUGAAUCUUCUCGAGCUGCCAGACGAUGUUCCCGACGAGAAAGGUCUAUAUCUCUCUGAUGUCCUGGCCACGUCCUACCAUUGUGUCAAAGAUACCGGCGUCCAAAAAGGAGACAGCGUAGCCAUAUUUGGCGCCGGUCCCGUCGGCCAUAUGGCUGGUGUAUUUGCUCUUGACAGUGGCGCCAAGAAAAUCAUCUUUGUUGAUACGGAGCCGCGUCUGUCAUCUAUCAAGACCCGGAUCCCUCAAAAGUACACCUCUCAAGUUGAAGUAAUUGAUUUCAAAACAGUAUCAAGCGGCAUCACAAACUCCAAAACCGUAGUCAGCCAACUCAAGGAAUUAUGCGACAACCGCGGCCCAGAUGUGGCGCUCGAGUGUGCAGCUGGAGAGUACGCCAAGGGCUGGCUGCACUGGUUGGAAAUAGCUACGGGCGCGGAAACAGACACUAGUGAGAUUGUGAAUGAGAUGAUUGAGAGUGUUCAUUCGUUUGGGCGAUGUGGUAUUACUGGUGUUUAUGUUGGAUACCGCGGCAUCCGAUUUAUCGGGAAUGGUCAAGCCCCUGUUCACAUGUACUGGAAAGACCUCCUAGCAGCAAUUCAAAACAAGGACCUCGAUCCGCUGCAAAUGGUCUCUCACCGGGUUCGACUUGAGGACCUCGAUAAAGUCUAUUACAUGUUUGACAACAAGGAGGAAAACAUGCACAAAGUAUUUGUUGAGACCAAGUUUUCGGCUCCUGCCGCGCAAGGCUCGCCGCCACUUACGCGAUACUGA